GGUGGCCCUGUGCUGACCACCAGCCUCGGGUCCCUCAGACAGCGGGAAGCGGAAGAAGGGCUUGGAGAUGGACCCCAUUGACUGCACGCCGCCCGAGUACAUCCUUCCAGGGAGCCGGGAGCGGCCGUUGUGUCCCCUACAGCCCCAGAACCGUGACUGGAAGCCCCUGCAGUGCCUGAAAGUGCUCACCAUGAGUGGCUGGAACCCGCCCCCUGGGAACCGCAAGAUGCAUGGGGACCUCAUGUACCUGUUUGUGAUCACAGCUGAGGACCGGCAAGUCAGCAUCACGGCGUCCACACGGGGCUUCUACCUGAACCAGUCCACAGCGUAUCAUUUCAACCCCAAGCCCGCCAGCCCCCGCUUCCUCAGCCAUUCCCUGGUGGAGCUGCUCAACCAGAUCAGCCCGACCUUCAAAAAAAACUUCGCUGUGCUGCAGAAGAAAAGGUAG